GCGGCGCCGGUGGCCCGCUGGAGGCCGCUGUCUGUGGCGUGUUGUUAAGUUGUGGUGCGGGACAGGGAACCACACAAGCCUCGCUCAGGUGACAAGUGGCUGGGGCAGUGCCGCCGGCCCCGUUGGGGUGCAUGGCCUGCUCUCUGCUGUCCCAUGUUUAUACCGCCUCCCAAACCCUGUCCCGGGGCGGAACUAAAGAAAGGUCAGGUCAGGCUGCCCAGCCUAUCUUCGUCCUGGGGCGGUCCCCGUGAGUGGCUCCCUUUUAGAACUGACUUUAGCCACGUGUCACUUCCAUGGCUGCGUUGCAGGCCCCUGGGGAGAAGAUUAAUAUCCAGGCAGGAGAGACGACCAAGGUCGGGGACAGGGUCCCGCUGGGGGACGACUGGCCCGAGCAGCACAGCCUUCCACCGCGUUCCUGGAGACAGAAGUGCGCCUCCUAUGUGUUGGCCCUGAGGCCCUGGAGCUUCAGUGCCUCACUCACCCCUGUGGCCCUGGGCAGUGCCUUGGCCUACAGAUCCCAGGGUAUCCUGGAUCCCAGGCUCUUGGUGGGCUGCGCAGUGGCUGUCCUGGCUGUUCACGGGGCCGGCAAUUUGGUCAACACUUACUAUGACUUUUCCAAGGGCAUUGACCACAAAAAGAGUGACGACAGGACUCUGGUGGAUCGAAUCUUGGAGCCCCAGGAUGUCGUUCGGUUUGGAGUCUUCCUGUACACCCUGGGUUGUGUCUGUGCCGCUUGCCUCUACUACCUGUCUACUCUGAAACUGGAGCACUUGGCUCUCAUCUACUUUGGAGGCCUGUCGAGCUCUUUCCUCUACACGGGAGGAAUUGGAUUCAAGUAUGUGGCACUGGGAGACCUCAUCAUCCUCAUCACUUUCGGCCCCCUGGCUGUGAUGUUCGCCUACGCUGUCCAGGUGGGGUCCUUGGCCAUCUUCCCUCUAGUCUAUGCCAUCCCUCUGGCCCUCAGCACGGAGGCCAUUCUCCAUUCCAACAACACCAGGGACAUGGAGUCUGACCAGGAGGCCGGCAUUGUCACUCUGGCCAUCCUCAUUGGGCCCACCCUCUCCUACGUGCUCUACACCAUGCUGCUCUUCCUGCCCUACCUGAUCUUCAGCAUCCUGGCCACACACUGCAGCAUCAGCCUGGCGCUGCCCCUGCUCACCAUCCCCGUGGCCUUCUCCCUUGAGAGGCAGUUCCGCAGCCAGGCUUUCAACAAGCUACCCCAGAGGACAGCCAAGCUCAACCUCCUUCUGGGGCUUUUCUACGUCUUUGGCAUCAUCCUGGCACCGGCAGGCAGUCUGCCCAGACUCUGAGGCGACUGUUAGCUCCCUCCACAGCACAGCCCCUCCUUAGGAUGUGCAGAAGCCAGAGACUGAGAAGGGGUGCAGCUACCUAGGGUGAGUGCCCAGCGUGGGCUGCCAGAUUCCCUUGUGUGUUAGGAUUAUCUUCGUCAGGCUAAUCUGCUGUGGUUUGUUUCCCAUGUUAUGGGGAGCCCUGAAACCACUCUAGUGUCCGAGGAUGAAUUGAACAUACUGUCCUGCUGUUGUUUAUAAUCCCCACUAGAGGGCGUUGUCAGGCCACUUUAGGAUGGGAGGCCCAUCUCCCUUGUUCUGAACAGAAUGCCCUAACAAUUCGUGAAGGAUCUGUGUCCCAGAAGAGCCGCAGUGACAAAGCACAGUACUGCCCUGUUACAUUGGCACACAGGAAAUGGCAAUAAUUGGUGCCAGGUCCCAUUAACAUGGAACACCUGUCCCCUGAAUGUGCUGCUUGCUAGUGAGAAAGCCCCUCAUUAACAACCAUGUGGCUCCCGGCUUUUUGCCUAGGUGGUGGGUGGUUUCGACAUUUCUGUCCUUCAUCUCUCCUUUCACUCAAGGCCACUGGUGAGGAAAAUGUCAGCUCACCCUGCAGCAAGACAGUCAAGCCUGGGGCGGCUGAGGAAAGCCCUCUGCUUUCAGUAAAACUCGUCGGGGUGGGGGUGGGGGCUGCUUCCCUCUGUAGAAUCCAUUAGGAUGCCAAUCAUUGGGACCCGAAGUGGUAGUGGGAUGCACAUUUAAAGCCCACAGGCCUCUCUCCUCCCAGUUGUCUCCCCUGGUACCUCUCUUCCUCCCCUGCAUCUCUGUCUGUCUUUCCAUCUGUUUUCCAGUCCCCAGACUGUGGGCAACAGUAACACACGAGUCAGGGACACUUGUCCCCAUCCACAGAGCCUCAGGAGCCUAUUGAACGUUCAAGCCAAUGGGUAGCAGUCCUGGCCCCACUCACCAGAGUGGGGAGCCCGGCCAGUGAAAGAACUAUGAAAUAUGGGCCCCUCCUCUCCCUGACCUGUCGCCAUGCUCAGACGGGGUGGUUUCAGUGAGGUCUCAUCCGAGGGACCAGUGGUGUCUCACCCCCUCCUCUUGGACACUUGGAGCAUAAUGUCUACACUGAGGUCGCCCUCUUGCACUGAGAUGAUCACGUCCUCAUUGUGAUCAGUUGUCCUGGAGGGCACUGCAGGCUGAGCCUGCAGAAAAUGACCUUGAGUUAGCACUGGGUCACUUCCUUAGGAAAAAAUAUGUUUCAAAAUUGCCCCGAGUUCCUUUGUAGUCAGGAUGGUUUGUCUAAAAGAGAGCUGGGGUCCCUGAACUUGGAAGAAAUGCAGAAAUCUUAGACAGGGGCGCUCCUUUCCUGUUCUUCCCAGCACGCCAGGUUUGUGGCAUUUGGUGCCUUUGAGGGCCUUGCCUUUGGAGAAGCACCUAGGACCCCUGCUGGGGGCUGACCAGUCACCCGCAGGACCAGUGGCUUUCAUGGUCCAGGCCUGACACGACUGCCCCCAUCAGAACUGUGUCCACUGCUGCACCAUGCUCUGGACACAUUUUAAUGUCUAUUUUUAUAUAUGAUCCCAGAGGCCAUAUUUAGUGCCACAUUUUAUAUACAGGCCACCAUAAUUUAUACCAUGUCUCCUGAUUUAAUGAAGGUUUCCUGUAGAUUUGUUAAUUAAAAUAUGAGAA